UCCGUGGGCCUGGGACCUUCCCAAGAUGGCCGCUGCAGUGUGCCUGCUGAGCCUACGUGAACGUCCUUGCGUCGGCGCGCUGAGUGGGGCGAUUCCCUUCUAAAGAUGGCGGCUGCAAGGCAUCUGGGGAAGGCAUGGAAUUUUUCUGCGGCCCCUAAUGCUUUCCUAACAUUUCGGGGUUUGUCUACUGUCAUUCCAAAGGUCUCGCAAGUAGAUAAUUCUUCUGAUUUCUUGGGAAAAGUUCCACACCGCAAGCACCCAGGCAUCCUUCACCUCAAAAGUGUUAGACUUCCACCUGAAUUGGUCAAAGUAGCUCACUUUCUGGUUGCUCAAUCUUCUAUGCGUAAUCUGGAGCAGCGGACCAAGGCCCUCACCAACUAUCUGUGGAGUCGCAAGCGCCCCAUGGAGACAGCAGAUCUGCGCAGGAAGGCCCAGAAGCUGGAGCAGAAGCUGAGGGAGGAGAACGAUGUGCUGAGCUCUCUGAAGGAAGAUAAUGAGAUGAAACUGCAGGAAAAGGUCGUCAGUGCCCUCCGUAAAACAACUUACCACUGGGAGGAGCUGAACUACAGUGACGAACUCAGCUUUGUAUACAUGGCAGCCCGGAUGGACGGUGUCUUUGCUGCUGUGUUCCGAGCUAUGCAUGAGAUCCAGAAGAGAGCCCCGGACUUUCAUCCACUCACUCUGCUGGAUUUUGGCUCGGGGACCGGUGCUGUCAGCUGGGCAGCCCACAGCAUCUGGGGCAAGACGAUCAAGGAAUACAUGAACAUCGACAGGUCAGCUUCAAUGCUGGCCUUGGCCGAGAGGCUGAUGAAGGGCAUUUCUGAGGACCAGGAUGUCUGCAUCCCAGGAGUUUAUUUUCGGCAGUUCCUCCCUGUCUCACCAAAGGUGAAAUUUGACCUUGUGGUAUCUGCUUUUUCGCUGAACGAUCUCUCCGAUUAUUCUCAAAGAGUGGAGACGGUGAAGACUCUCUGGAGAAAGACAGAUGGUUUUCUGGUUCUGGUAGAGAACGGGACCAAAGAAGGCCAUCAGAUGCUCAUGGAGGCCCGGGACAUUGUAUUACAGGGCACGGAUAAAGUAGUUCAUGAUCCCAGAGAGCCUUAUGUUUUUGCCCCGUGUCCGCACCACUUGCCCUGCCCUCGCUUGUCACCUGACCGUCCCCUGCCAUGUAACUUCAUCCAGGCGUUCGUCCCCCUGCCUUUCAGCUGGAACCCACCACAGAAACAAGAGAUAUUCUCUUACCUGAUCCUACGCAGAGGAUCGGGGGAAUUGGAGCAGCCCUGGCCUCGGGUCACCAAGCCUGUUCUUUGCCGACCCCGCCACAUCCAUGUCCACCUCUGCUGUGCUGAUGGCAGCCUCCAGCAUGCGGUUAUUACUCCUCGGAAACAUGGCAGGGAUCUUUACAGAUGUGCUCGGAACAGUCAGAGUGGAGACCGCCUCCCUGUUUUGAACCCGGAUAGCGAGCUGGACUUGGGAGAAGAGAGAGGCUAUAUGGCCCAAGAUCACAAAAAAAACAUGGAUAAAGAUCACAGUUGAUGAAGCUUUACAGAACCACCUUCCUCCUCUCACCGUGUCCCACAGCCUCUAAGAGGCAUCCUGUCUCAUAUUACACACACAAAUGCUGGCUGGCACUCCAGAAUCAAUGAGCUGGUUGGACUCAGUGGUGCCAUAGGCCACGUUUCCAGGCUCUCCUGCUUGAGAAAAUAGUUCUGUGAUUUUUACAGAGGGUUUCAGUAAGCCUCAGGCUGUUUGCACAAGGUGGGGGGUUGGUGUUAAAGCAUCUCGAAGCAGUUACUGCUCCUUGGAUAUGCACUGGGUGUGUAUUCAAUGUAGUUUUGUUUUGCCUUGCUUUGAUAUGUCCAGGUGCAAAUUUGUUCAUAUCAUGCAACGGGUCAUUUUAUACAAAUCCAUUAAUCGGGCACUUUGACUGUCUAUAUUCCCUGUGUGAGGUGAGCUGAUCGCACUCUUGAGUUUAAAAACAAAACACCAAGCUCUGUGUUGAAUCUGUUUCUGUCGGUAUACCAUUUCGUGUGUGUGGGUGUUGGGGAUGGAUUGAUGUUUGAAUUUCUCCCUGUUCUUGCUCUUCUGAAUUGUCAUACACAUGCUGAAGGUCCCCUGUAUUGGGAGAAGGGUAGCCCCAACCCUCUUCCUGGUUCUGUGUUUGUGCAGGGAAUGUCAUGUGAAGAAGCUUUCUGAAAGACCUCCCACACCCAGCUGCCAUGCAGAAUGAUAGAAGCCAGCAAUAAAUGCAUCACAGGGUGCUCCAGCUUAUCUAUUUCAGCUCUGAGCUCAGGUCCCUGUUUAAAAGGGCUAAAGGUAUCUUUCAGGGUAAUUAAACUCGCAAGCCCCAGUCCACCCCAGGGCCUAGUGGAGUUGGGGUGCCUGGAGAGUGUGGGGCAGUGGUAGAGAACCUGUAGUCCUCCAGAAGUUGGACUCCCAUCAGCCUCAGCCAGCAUGUCCAGUGGUUAGGGAUGAUGGGAGCUGUAGUCCUUCAACAUACAGCUCUAGGUUAGUGACCUUUGGGCUGGGAGGUGCUGCUUCUGAAGAUUGUGUUGGAGUUUUGUGCAGGUGAAUUGCUCUUCCUUUGGUACCUGGGCUGGUCUGAUUGGAUAAAGAAUGUCGAAACAAUGCAAGGGUUGUGAGUGGGAUGCGAUUCUAAACUGGAUUACUGGGGAUGAGCCCGAAACUAAGAGUUGGUAGAUCUUUAGUUACGAUCCAGUGCAGAAGGGUGUGAUCUUAACUUUUAAUCCCAGCUCCGGAAAAAGGAAGUAGAGAAUUAAAAUAGGGAUUGCUAGGGAGCAUGUACAGCAUGAUAAAAUUUCCCCCAAACCAAACUGCCAUUAAACCAUGUUUUUAAGGCUCUUCUAAAAGCAAGCAAAGAGGGUUCCAUAUUUAUUUCCUUGUGAUAGUUAUUCCACAGGUGGUGGGGGGGUGCCAUAGGCUGCUGACCUUGAAAGGUCUCACCAGUGGACCAGAUAAGAGUGUCUUGGGUGCCAAACUUAAAGCACAAGUAGCCACAUAUGAACAUAGAUAGUCCUUGAGAUAUCUGUGCCCAAAGCAUUUAGCAUUUUUGAAGUUUUGGGGAUGGAUACAGGGGCCUUGCAAAGAAGACUGGAUACUUGCUGUAGUUGUGGUUUUCCAUAACCAAUUUAAAAAGAAAAAUCUUAAGGCAAUUUAAGCAGUUAUUAACUGUAUGCCUUGGAGGAUACUGGCAUUAGGCACAAAAUUCAUCAUCCUGAACAAUAUUGAGGUUUUGGAAUAGUGGGUUUCUAGAUCGUAAGGGUACAAAGCAUGGUGAAUUCUGAUAUGCUAAAGGGGGGUUGCGGGUGAGAGAGAGAAUAUUCAGUAUGUGACCUAGAGGGAAAGGAGUUGAUCUGCAGACUUUCCAAUGGUAACAGGACUGGGAGGCAAUAUCUUAGAUAAUUUUGGGUGCUUCCAGAUGAUGGUCUCUUAGGGUAUUGCCUGAAAGCACUGCCUUGCUGAAAUGAAGCAGAACUGGGUCUAGUCAGUGCCUGGAUGAGUCAUUGCCUUGGAACCAUGCAUAUGCUGCCUUGGGUUCCAUGAUGGAAGAAAAGUGGAAUAUAAAUGAAAUCUUUUGUUGCUACUUGUCCAAUCCAGUUUGUCAGUACUUCCUGUCACAGAGGGAUUUGCUUUUUCUAAUGAUAAACACAUACUUUGCUUCCAAGAGUCCCCCAAGGCUCCAUAGCAAGUAGGGCCUACUGAAGUCUUUAUAAAGGAUGCCCAGGAUUGCAGCCUGACUUAUCUGUGUCCCAAUCAUUUGGUCUGUCAAACCCUCUCCCUUUAAAAAAAAAAUGCCCUGAAGCAAAGCACGAGAUAAUUGUGCAUGACAUCUGAAGCAACAACUUCCCACAAAGUGCCUUUGCUGCCUGGGUUGAUUCCCAUCUUUGACUGCAUCCGAUUCAAGCAGCUAGAAUUCUUCUUGGUCCUGGCAGCUAUUGUCAUCUGGGGAAGUUCCAAAUUCUACCAGAAGAGUUGGACUGCAGUGCUAGGCCCACAUUGAGAUCCACUAAAAUCUUGGGGGGUUUCAUUUUCGGUGCAGAAUGAUCUAAGAAAGAGGUUCUCAAACUAGUCCAGGGACCUGAACGUUCAGCUGGUCCAUGAAAAAAGUCGCAGAACAAUUUAGGAUAUCAGGACUUGUAUUAGCAUCCCAACCAAUAAGGGAGCUGAAUUGUUUCAUGGGAAAGCUACAUCUUCCAGAGUUACUGGCCCCGGCAUACUAACAUACCAGGAUGGAGGGAAGCCACCAGAUCUUGGGACUACCUCUGUAGUGAGGAAAAUGACUUGUAGCUUGGCAGCAGUAAGUACGAUUGGCGAUCGAAAGCUCCAUGGUUCAAUCCUCUGCAUUCGAACUAGGAAUGACCCUUCUCUGAAACCCUGCAGAACCCCUGCCAGGAAGUAUAAACAAUACUGAGCUAGAUGAGCCCAUUUUUUCCUGGCAUAGUAUAAAGCAUUUUACUAUGUGGUGUAGUGGUUAGAGUGUUGGACUACGACCUGGAGACCGGGGUUCGAAUCCCCACACAGCCAUGAAGCUCACUGAGUGACCUUGGGCCAGUCACUUCCUCUCAGCCUCAUGAAAACUGCCGUUAAGUCGAAAUUGACUUGAAGGCAGUACAUUUACAUUUUAUGUUCCAGAAUGGGAAAGGGGCAAUGUGUGAUUAAUUCUUUUCCCUGUUGGAUUGUGAUUCAGCCCAGAGAAGUUGGAAAGGGGGGAGAGAUAGUGAGCGUGGGGAUGGGUAUUCAGAGGUAUUCUGAAUUGCCUGCCCCCCUUUGGAAUUUUGUCAACACAUCUCUGGUCUGAAAGCAUAUGAUGCAGUAGCUUCAGUGGUGCAGAGCAGGUUUGAGACUAGUUGGAGCCCAGCAAAAAGGCCACCAUGUAAGAAAGAUAUACAAUGUAAUAAAUUUGGGUUGCUUUUAUAAAUUCUACCUCUGUUGGAUUCCUCCCUGGAUUUUGAGUUUCCGCUUUACUGAAUAGGCUGACUGGAUCAGUGUUGGAAUCCUCGAUUCUUCCAGUCGUGUAAUAUAUUCUUGCCCCUCGCUGGAUCAUCGCCUUGUAGUGGUGAGUGGGCUUGUGUGUUCCAGUGAACCCUGUGAGCGAUGCCGUCGGGAGUCAUGUACUCCCAGCAGGGUCGCCCAUGGCGGUAAGGUCAAGGGAGAGGAACCAGACAAAGAACGAUCCAAGAAAGUCCUCAACGGCAGAACAGGCAGGGGAUAACAAUGUAUAUGUUACAACGGUUGUGAAGGCAGAUGAAGGCUGCAGCAGAUAAAAGACUUCCAAUCGUCAUGGUAUCCAUGCCAUUGGAUCAAAGCCUUUUUUCUGUCAAGAUUGUGUGUUGAUUGUCGUGCACCGAUUUCCCCACAUAAAACAAAUUCAUGCACAGGCAUCUUCCGACCAAAACAAAACAAAAGCCCCAUGGCGAUUGGCAAAUGGCGAUUUCUCCAUCUGGAAACCUAUGUCCUCACUAUGUCCAGAAUUGGCCUCCACAGUCACUUAUGGACCCACUGUUAAAGACAUUACCCUGGAAGACAAUCAUACUUGGCCAUGAGUGAUCACCAAUGAAUGAAUUUUAUAUUACUUCUUGGUAUUAUGCAGUUAGUGAAAGCAGGAAGAAUUUUAAAAAUAUGAAGGUGCUGGGUAUUGGCAAUUAAGCGGAGGGACCUGUGGUCCUCCAGAUGUUGCUGAAUGACAAGUCCCAUGAUGCCUGACCAUUGGCUAUGCCAGCUGGGGCUGAUGGGAAUUGGGACUCCAUCAACAUAUAGAAGGUCCCAGGCUCCCCACCCAUGAAUUAACCAAAGGGGGGCAGGGAAGGGAAAUGAUCACUCAGUGCUAAAAAUUGCUGCUUUCCAGGGUAAUUUUUAAAUAGCCCAAAGCGUGUCCCUGUUUCAGGCCAUGAAACCUGGGCUUGUGAUUUUUAAUAAAUAAAUCUCCAUUCAGGAUCACAACUGCCUUUCAGCAAGAAGGUAUGGGGGAAGGGGGAAGCCCCUAAUGCUUUAAGCAAAUUGAUCGGGGCUGUGCUUUCUUUAGCAAUGGAUCAGGGUGCAUGUGUACAUUCUGUUCUGAAAUCCACAAUUCCUGAAUGAAAAAAAUAAAGCAGAGCUGGGAGAAUUCACAUACAGUAUCUCUAAAACUCCCAAGAAAGGGUCUGUGAUUGCAACCCUAAUCUUGCUACUGGUGUUGUCAUGAGCCAAGAACUUUUGUGUGAAAAGCAGAUGCUGUAAGUUGUGUUUUUUUUUGUAGUUUCCUUGGAUGUGAACAGUGGAGAAGGCCUGCUCUGUUGGGUGUUUUCUUUUAAAAAAACAACUGUGGAGUAAUAAGGAAAUGAAUGUAGCAAUCAAAGGACUUAUUUAUUUGUUCCCAAUUAAAUACAGAUGCCUGGGCUGUGAAAGCAAAUGCUCUUGGGUGUGGCUCCAUCCAGCCUGCCAAACCAGUGUUGGGGCUGGAUGUCAAAGGAACCCAGGUAGGAUUUUAGGUUAGUUAGUUGCACAGUCAGAGUAGAAAGGGUUUUAUAAAUAAAUAAAUAAAUUGUUGUGAGUAUCUUGAAUAUAUUGCUUACUAUGUAUUAGUCGCAAUAGGAUCCUAUUUGAUCUAGAGAGCUUCUUGUAGUUCUGUCCAUCAAAAAGGAAUGGGCUGAAUCCCAUAUGGUUGACUGCUGGCAUGAUUCAGAACAAUGAAAAGUGGAGAAGGAAAGGGUUAAAGGAUGGUGUUAAAUGACUGAAUAAGUAUAUAUAGCAUUUCACUUUUGUGUGUGUGUUGCUAUUGUUUGUUAGUGCUGCUGUAGUGUGGAUGGUUGGAUGUGCUGUUUUAAUUUUCUCAUUUAUUUAUUUAUUGUAUUUAUAUCCCCCCCCCCCAUAGCCGAAGCUCUCUGGGUGGUUUACAGUAACUAAGUUCUGAGCGAUUUACUUUUUGUAUAAUUGAUGGCCCUUGGCUAACUAAUAAAGACUAUAUAUUAGCCCCUAAAUGAGAGUUAUAAGAACAUAACAACAACAUCCUGCUGGAUCAGGUCAGUGUCCCAUUCAGUCCAGCAUCUUGUUUUCAUAGUGGCCAACCAGAUGUAAAUGGGAGUCUGGCAAGUAGGGCCUGAAUGCAACAGCGCUCCCUCCUGCAGUUUCCAGCAACAGGUAUUUGGAAGCAUACAGUAGGGUCCCGCUUAUACUGCAGGUUAGGGACCAGGCCCCUGCCAUAAAGCGGAAAUUGCCGUAAAGCGGAACCCAUUGACUAUAAUGGGUUGCUUCGUGCGAAAAUGACUCAAAAUGCUGCAAAAUGGCAAAAUCGGCUUUAAAACGGGGAAUUUCCCCUGAUUGAAAGCCACUGCAUCAGCCGAACGCCGUAAAGCAGAACACCGUAAAGCGGGGCCCUACUGUACUGCUUCUGACUGUGGUUUCAGAGCAUAGCCAUCAUAGCCUAG